AGGAGCACUACGUGUGUUUCACCCUCACCGCACCCGGGACGCCGUCGAUUGUCAUCGCGUUGUUGUUAUCGCCACGUUGUCACUGGAAGAUAUUGUGUUUAUUUCCCAAAAACGCGUAACACAGUUGCGCGCAAGUGACGGAAAAUAGAUGAUUGAUCGUUGACAAUCGUCGCGUGUAUUCCGCGAGUCAUCUAAAAGUGUUGUAAUUCACACGUGACAAAUGUAUCUUUACGCGGGUUCGUGAUGUUAUACGUGAAACGUGAGAUCGCUCGUUAAUCGGAACAGAAUGGGUUUGACAUGGAAAUAUGAAUAUGACGAGAUAUGGAUUUUACGAAAGUUUAGAAUAGGCAGCUUGGUAACACAAGUGAUUCUAGAAUGAAGUAUACUACUGUGGCCUAUAUACUUUCUAUGUCAAAUACACGUUUUUGCACUCAAUUAUAGUUCAAAAAUAUCCUGGUCCAUAGUUCUUAAAAUAGGGAUUCAAAUCCAACGACGUCGAAGAUGUAUCAUACAUCUCCCUUGCCUGACGACACGACCUGGGUCAUAUCGUCGUAAACAAAGUUCUUGGUGCUAUUUUUAAAGUCAACGCCAGUCACGAUAAUGAGUUUCCUGGAGGGUAUGCCAUCUCACCCGCAUCAUAUCGUCAAUCUGGGCAUCAAGCUAUCACCCGGAGGUGGCGGAACAACCGGUGGAUUAACAGAUCCCGGUGCGAACGUUCAGCCACCUCCGGGGGUCGAAGCACCGUCCCAGCAACAUCAUCACUUUCAUCCUCAAAGUUACCCGCCGCAUCAUCCUCAUACGGCUCCUCAUAUGGCUCCUCAUAUGGGCCAUCAUAUGGGUCAUCAUCCUAGUUACGCGCGCGAGUUUAUCCUUCGACGAGAACAUGAAAUAGCAACGGCGAGUCCUACCACUCCCGAAAGCGGUGGACUAGGCCUCUUUACGCCGCUGCAUCAUGAUGGUACAGCUGCGACGAUGCAGCAAUUUCCUCAUCAUCCCAGUCAACAUCCACUAGCCGCUACUCACUAUCCUGGGCAUUAUCCUCAGGAUACCAGACCGCUACCUUCUCAUCAUCAGUUUAUCGGCUCGCCGCACAUGACGCCGACCGCUAUCCACCACCAGCAACAUCCGGCUAUGAACCAUCCAAGUCAUCACAGCGCCUUCUACAAAUUUAUUCCGAGGCCUAACGGCGCCGGCGGCGUCGGCGGCAGCCACGCGGGUACCAUCGGCAGCGGCGGCCAACUCCGCGAAACUACUUGUAUGUGGAUAGACCAAGACCCAGCGUUACCAGAAAACGGAAGAAAAUUCUGUGGCAAAAUCUUUAAUAACCUUACCGACAUUGUGUCACAUCUGACAGUGGACCACGUGGGCGGACCAGAGUGCACAACGCACGCGUGUUUCUGGCAGGGUUGCGCGCGUAACGGUAAGGCCUUCAAGGCCAAGUACAAACUCGUGAAUCAUAUACGAGUGCAUACCGGGGAAAAACCGUUCUCGUGUCCGUUUCAAAACUGCGGCAAAGUCUUCGCCAGGUCAGAGAAUCUCAAGAUACACAAGAGAACACACACUGGCGAGAAACCUUUUAGAUGUGAGUUCAAUGGCUGUGAGAGGAGGUUCGCGAAUAGUAGCGAUCGAAAGAAGCACAGCCAUGUUCAUACUUCAGACAAGCCUUACAAUUGUCGAAUGGCGGGAUGUGACAAGUCCUAUACCCAUCCUAGUUCACUACGCAAACACAUGAAGGUACAUGGAAUGUCAUUACCGGAGGGUAAAGUAGGAGGAGGAUACGAAAGCGAGGGAGAAGAGAGCAGCAGCAGCGGGGGUAGCCUGUCGGUGACUGGUAACACGGAAUCGCCCCAACCACCUCCGGUUGUUGUCCCAACAAGAACAACAACUAAUCUUCCUCCUACGAAUCGAACUCACGAUCCGUCGACUCGUGGAGCGACGGAGGUGGCGGAGUGGUACGUUUGUCAGCCACCGGCAGUUGGGCCUCAACCAGGGCCCCUACCUGGGCCGCCGCCGCAUCAUCUUGGUCAUCAUUUCAAUCCGUUGAUACACCAUCAAGCAGCCGCUUAUUAGGAAAUAUCGAAAGGUCGAAGUGUGACCAAGAGAGUCUUUCUAAAAUCUCCGUUCCUAUCCGCUGACCUCAGUCCAAUGAUGUGAAAUAAGAUUCCUUGCUGAGGACAAGUUUCAUCAAAGAGAAUACAAAUGACAAUCAUCUGUCGAUUUAUCGAAGAUAAAUCCUUUGAAGAAAUAAUCAAGAAUAUGCCUACGACGAAAUUCCGUACUCACCAUAUAAAUGAUGUAAUCGGGCUUCAUAGGCACAUUAUAUAAAGAGAUUCAUGGACAUUUAGAAUGGGACAAAAA